CGAAACUUCGUGAUUCGCACUUCUUGAUAUUAUAUGCAUGCUGUUGUAUGUUGAUAUCUGUCAUUGUGUUUAAGGUUAGCUGUCUAAUCGCGGAAUCCAAUAUCCUUGCGUUUCCGCUAAUAAAAACAGCGAUAAAAUGACCUCCUGUUUCGAAAGCAUGCAGGUUCCUUCUUGCGUUUGGUUCGAGGGCGGCGAGAAAAGAAAUGCGCUUGUUUCUAUGCUCGCAGGGACACUGUUUUUCGUAGGAUGGUGGUUUAUAAUAGAUGCGCAUGCAAAAUAUCCAGAGGAAAUGGCAAAUGCGUAUCAUGUAUGUGGAGUGUUUGGUACCAUAUCACUUUUUAUGGUCAAUUCAGUGACAAAUGCACAGAUAAGAGGAGAAGCUUACAAUGGUGGUUGUUUAGGAGCAAGAGGUGCAAGGAGUUGGCUGUUUAUCGGAUUUGUUAUGGGAUUUGCAGCAGUAAUAGCAGCCUGUUGGAUUUUAUUUGCUAAUUUUGUGGCUGCAGGUGCACAACAUCAUUGGCCAGGUGUGGGAUUGUUCCUACAAAAUGUGUUUAUUUUCUUGGGCUCACUCACAUAUAAAUUUGGUCGAUCUGAGGAUCAAUGGGGUUAAGAGACAUACCGUUGAUUGAAAAUAUUUUUACUACUAUAAGCACACGACGCAAAACUCGACUGAAAAAAAUCGUGAAAUUAAUACCCUGUAUUGCUUCGAACAUAAAAUCCAACUCAACUACAACAUCACUCUAUUGCUAUAAAUAUUAUAUAAUAAUUUUUAUUUAUAUUCAUUGGAGUUGAGAGUGAUUACAUGUUAUAUGUAUAUGUGAGAUUUAUGAUAAUCUAAAAAAGUAAGAUUAGAUUAUAGCUUUUUCUGUGUGAUAGAAUUACAUGCUAGUUAUAUUUUGCUAAUAACUUUGAUCAUAUCAGAAAUUUUUUAAUCUUUGUAUUCAUUUUAUAUUUUCUCAUUUUGUUGCGAAUGUAUAUCUUGCAUUUGAAAUUUUUACAAAGAUAAUUUCAAUUAUCUGAUAUCUCGAAAUUAAAUAAAUAGAACAUGUUUUGAAACAUAAUUGAAGAUUAGCUCAUCGCUGUUUUUUAAUUGAAAUUGAAUAGUGAAAUCUUUUUCUCAAUAUGAUUAAUUUAUUAAUGUAUUAAUUUUUUAAUUUAUCUAUUAUCGAUUUUUCAGUUUCGAUAAAUCUAAAGAUCUAUCUAUAUCGGUUAGCAAUACAAAAGCUAUACAAAAUAAAUGUACAUACAGAGAAACUAAAUUAUUAUGUAUUAAUAUAUAAAAACA